CAGUCAUCGAUGAAUUCCUAAAUGUCGCCGCCCACGAUGCCAUUACGCUGUGCUUGUUGACGAAUUUUUGCCAGUGGCUUCUCUGCUUUCUCCAAAACGUUAUUCAUACGGUUGACGGGUUUAUAACGGUGACAAAACCCUGUCUGCGAGCUUUUUUCGAUACAUUUACCAAGCGAACUAUUUUCAUCCGCUACACGAAAUUUGUGUGUUUAUCUUCUCCUCGCGAAAAGGGCUAUCUGAUUAAUCUUUGCGACUUUCCUCAAACAGUUGUCGUUUUGUCUGUCUGUGUGUCUGUGUCUGCGUGAAUUUUGUUUGUUUUUCCCCGAUUGCCCUUUCAAUGGAUUCUUAUGAACCAGUUCGGCCAGAAAGGCCGAGGCACAUUGAUAUGCCGCCUUUCUUGCCUGACAGAAUCACCUCGCAAUGUAAUACGCCAACUACUCCCAGCGUUGGAGCGGGCCUUGUGGAUGGUCAAACAGUGGUGAGAGAGAGCGAUCGUUAUACCGUUCGUGAAAUUGAUCCUCUCAAGCAAAUUGGUGUCCGAGCUCAGCCGUCUUGGGAUUUCACCAUUAAACGUGUUGUUCGCAGCAUUGUCUCUAUUCGUGGCUCUGUCUUGCGUUCCUUCGACACCGAGAACGCAGGCAGUUUUUGUGCCACGGGCUUUGUCGUUGACAAAAACCUAGGCAUUAUCCUCUCCAACCGACAUGUCGUAUCUCCAGCACCGAUUACUGCUAGAGCAUCCUUUAUUAAUUACGAAGAGAUUGACAUAUAUCCUCUGUACCGCGACCCGGUUCACGAUUUUGGUUUCUUCCGUUACAACCCAUCCGCACUUCGCUUUCACGAAGUAGAUGAGAUUCCGCUGGCACCGGAGCUUGCUCGUGUGGGUGCAGACAUUCGAGUGAUUGGUAAUGACGCAGGCGAGAAGCUGUCUAUUUUAAGCUCGACGCUUGCACGUCUGGACCGUGCUGCGCCUAAUUACGGCGUUGAUAGCUAUAACGACUUCAACACGUUUUACUAUCAAGCCGCUAGCGGCACCAGCGGUGGUAGCUCUGGUAGUCCAGUUCUCGACAUAUCCGGUUCAGCUGUAGCUUUGAACGCAGGUGGUUCAAACAAGAGUGCCUCGUCGUUUUAUCUUCCACUUGACCGAGUGGUUCGUGCACUGCAUUGCAUCCAAAAUAACAAGUCAAUUACUAGAGGAACCUUCUUGACUGAGUUCCAGCAUUAUUCCUAUGAUGAGCUUUCCAAGAUUGGGUUGCCGACCGAUUUUGAAAUUGAAGCGCGUGCCAGAAACCCACAGAGCACAGGACUGCUCGUUGCUGCACGCAUUUUACGAAACAGUCAGGCUUCCGAGGUCUUGGAGCCGGGUGAUGUGUUAAUUGGUUUGCAGCAUUCGAAGUACCACAUUCAGUACAUUAUUGAUUUUGUGUCCUUAUUUGAGAUUGCAGAUGAACGUGUCGGACACAUGUUAGAACUUAUUAUUUUUCGUCCUCGUGAAGGUUACAAGCAGGUACGCCUGCUCGUACAGGAUCUUCACAGUGUUACGCCGUCUCGUUUUCUAGAAGUCGGCGGUACGAUUUUCCACGACUUGUCGUACCAACUUGCACGGUCAUACCAAUGUGCCUUCAAUUCCGGUACAUUUGUUGCCGCCUCAGGCAUGCUAAAUUGGUCCGGUGGAACGAGAGACUUUUUAGUCACGAAACUUGCCAAUAUACCGACACCGAAUUUAGAGGCCCUGACGAAAGUUAUUCUCGGUUUGCGAGAUAAUGCUCGUGUUCCCAUGCAUUUCCGAGUGCUGGGAAAAUAUGAAGAAGAGUUCACUAUCGUGACAAUUGAUCGUCACUUUUUCUUGUCUGGCACAUACUCGCGAAAUGACAAAAAGGGCUCGUGGGACUAUAUGCCUCUGGCACCUGCUGAACCAGCUAUCACUAGACGCCCUAGUGCAAUCCCUCGUCCAGCCGAGGGUUCAAACAGUUUGGAAGCCAUUCAAAACUCGAUGGUUCUUAUACACUGCCGUAUGCCUUUCAGCAUCAACGGCUUUAGUGCCUCAAAAAUGUAUAGUGGGACGGGUGUUGUUGUUUCUGUUCAACCGCCUUUAAUUGUUGCAGACCGCUCUAUAAUCCCUGUUGAGGUUUGUGAUGUCCGGCUCACUUUCCAAUCCCUGAGUGCCAUGGGUUUCAUCUGCUACAUGGAUAAGCGUAUAGCGGUCCUCUCUUGUGAAUACUUACCCGACAACACUGUGCAGCUGAAUUUUGUUCCCGACUUCAUGCGCACUGGCGAAGAAUGCACCCUGGCAGCUUUGGACACCGACCUUCAACUGUUGACAAAAUCAACUACUGUCCGUAGCAUUUCUGCUAUUGAGACUGAAAGAACUUCGCCGCCACGGUUCCGUUAUGUGAAUUUUGAAGUCAUUUCCUUAAUGGAUUCGCUUUCGUCUUCUGGUGGUCUGGUAUACCGUAAUGUCGAUGGUGACAUAAACGUUACUGCCUUGUGGAUGUCCGUUGUACAUCAGGAUGCUUCUGGAAAGGAGUAUGUUGACAAGUACGGUCUUUCAAUGGCGUACAUUAUGCCGUUAGUGAAACGUUUGUUGCAACCGCCUGCGUCUCGUUCUGAAAAUGUGACUAUGACGAUGGGCGUGGAAUGGGCUCACAUGUCUCUUGCUGGAGCUACAACCUUGGGAUUGUCUCAACAGGAAUCGUCAGAGUUUUAUGUCAAAUCUCGGGCUAAUGGAACAAUUCCUCGACCAAUGUACGUGGUAUCCCAUUUGCGGCCGUUGCCCAAGGAGGGUUCUCUGAGAGUUGGCGACGUGCUACUGGAGGUGAAUGGCAAAAUGGUUACUCGGCCCUCCGACUUGUUAGAAUAUGAGCAGAGUGCAUCGGUGCAGGCUAAAAUUCUGCGCGACGGACAAUCGGAAUCCCUCGAAGUGCUGCUUUAUCCAGAGCAUCCUAGUUCGAGCUCUCGUAUUAUUGGCUGGUCUGGAGCAGUAAUCCACGAAACGCAAGACAGUGUUUACGAACAAGUUGAGCCUGAUGCGACACUGCCUGACAGAAGUGGUGUCUACGUUGGUAGCAUACUGUAUGGUUCACCGGCACUUAACCAUUUGCGUGCGGCACACUGGAUCGUCGCUAUUGAUGGUGAAAGCGUUGAGACGUUUGAUAAGUUCUUGGAAGUGUUGAAAACGAAACAAUUUGAUACUUACGUUCAAGUCAAGCAAAUGAAUCGACGCGGUGUCACAAACAUUGCGAGUGUACGUCCAGAUUUAUUGUUCUGGCCUACUUGGAUUAUACAGAAGAACGAUUUUGGAAACUGGUACACGGAGCCUCUGCGUAUGGCAUCUUGAAGUGAUUGAAGAAUUCUCUACUUAACGACAUUAUGUAUGAAAUCUGCCUCCCUUCUCGCUAUAUGCAAGCUUUUCAGCUUCGGUUAUCCAGUACGACGAGUGAUUAAGGUGUUUUGAAUUGUAAAUAGAAUAGCUAACCUCUGUUUCAUUAAACUAAAUGAUA